AUGGUUACUGUGGAUGUGGCUGCUGGAGUUGUAGGAAAUUGGAAGGAGACAUAUCAGUGGAUACUUAUAUUUGGUGUCAUAGCUGCAAUCUCACUGGCAUUUUCCGCUGGUGAAAACAACGUUCCAACUUCAUUCUCGUUGCCGGUAGGGUCAGGGUCUCUGACAUUUCUGAAGGCAGCAAUACUGGCAUUUAUGGUCUACAUUCCCGGAACAGCCUUGGCAAGCAGUGGUUCUAUUAGUACACUUUUCUCUGAUCAGUUCCCUAGAGAGAAUCAACCAAUUCAAGGAUUCUUAAUGUGGAGUAUGGUAGUUGUUCUCAUCACAGCAACGCUAUGGCUGGCAAUUGCAACUUAUUUCGAGCUACCAGUGUCAUCUCAGCAGUCAACACAAGGUGCCCUUCUAGGGACGAUGCUUGUCAGUGAAGGUUUUGGCUUCAUACCUUUCUGGAACAAGAAUGGAUAUCAUAAGUUCAAUGGUGGUGGUCUUCUCUGGAUUUUCCUCGAAUGGACUGUGGCUCCUAUAGUAGCUUGUGCUGCUGCAUUUUUAUUCUUUAAGAUCCUGAAGGUUGCUCUUCUAUCUCAUGAAAAUUCAGAGAAAAGGAUCCUGAUUUUCCUCCCUAUUUACUAUGGAAUGGCCGCUGGACUGCUUUGCUUUUUUAUCAUGUAUCAGAUUCUACCAAAUCUUAUGAUGGUCAACAUGUGGACUAUCGUCAUUGCUGUCACAUUGUCUACCUUGAUUGGAGCAGUUUCAUCUUCGUUUGUGGUGGUUCCUUUUGCUAGAACAAGAAUGGCUUCUGUUCCGCGAUUCAAGACGAUGAAGAGAACAAAAUCAAUGGAGCAAGAAGGCUUAGAAAACCAAGAUGAAGCCUCUGAUGCUAAAGUUGAAGAAAUGCUGAGAGAUUUCAUGCAGAUGAGAGUUCUUGAUACAGUCUAUGAAGAGGAGGAAAAGAGCUGGGCUUCACCUGAAAAUGCAGCAGGUAGUGAACAUGCUCAAUCAAAUUCUCAGCUGGGAUCAACACCAUUAAGACAACUGCUUGAGUUGACACCUAAUCAGUUGGUUAAACCAAGAAACUUCGAUAGCAUUGAGAGAGAGACUGUCUUCGAUGCUAUUAGACAUUCUGUUAAAUCUAUCCUUUUUCCUUUAAGUAUCCUGACUUCUGAUGUCACAUUUUUCAGUUAUUUCUUGAGCAAUGUCAAACUGACACAGUAUAAUAUUGUGUUUAUGUUUCUGGAGCAGGUCAUACAGUACGACAGACCUACUCUAAUACGCCAUGCUAUAGUAGAAAAUUUUGAUGAUAUGGAAGACUUCUUUGGUUUCCACUGCUUCUAUCAUCAUGCAUAUUUGCGUGGGCUUAUCCAAUCUGCAAACGAGAUUGCUCCUCUAAUGAGCCCAUUCAGUGCCAUUCUUGAUGUUUUUAAGCACAGAACAAAGUAUUUGGGAAAUGGAGAAGAUGUGGGUUCUUUAGGAGUUCAAUGGUGGAUUAGAGCAAUUGGAGGACUUGGUGCAUCUACCGGAUUCCUUCUUUGUGGCUGGCGUCUUACACAAUGCCUUAGCAGCAGGCUGACAUACGUUAGUAAUUCAAGGGGACUGGCCUCACAGUUGUCUACUGUGGCAACAAUCAUCAUUGUUUCCAGAGUGAAGCUUCCAGUGUCAAGUUUGCAUGCUUUUGUUGGAGCUUUAGUAGGAGUUGGGCUUGCUGAUGAACCACGGGUAAGGCAGAAAAUGGCACAACAAUUCAGUAAUGAUGCUGAAGUUCUAAAUCAUUGGACUGACUGUAAAUCAAUGGCAACCUUCAUUGAUUGGACUGACUUUAAGAAAGGUUUGAUAGCAGGACCAUUGUCUGCAAUUGAUUUUUCUUCUUCUCUAAGUGAUGGCUCCAAGGUGCAGGUUGCUUAUCAGGAGGUUCCAGAUGCAUAUAGUAAGGCUGCUGCACUUAAAGCAUACCCAAAUGUGAGGCUGUCUUUCAAGGCAGUUAAAUUGUGGCUGAUGGACAAAGCUAUACUACCCAUAGAAAAUUCUGUUGGUGGGAGUAUCCACCGUAAUUAUGACUUAAUCCUCUUCCACAAGCUGCACGUAGUGGGGGAGGUGUAG